CUAGUUUGUUUCAUUUCUUUUAAAUAUAAAAUAUCUCCCACGCUGAAUACGGCGCCCCGCCCCCAGUCGCUGUCCUCCAACGCACAGCGCGGACCCCACUUUCAAUUAUAUACGGCACCCGCGGGGCCCACCCCCAGCAACGCCAUAGGAUAAAAGAAAACCUCUCUCCAGUAAUCUAUCUGCUCUGCUGCUUCACUCCACACUGAUUUUUUAAUCAUCCAUCCCCUCCCUCCGCCGCAGAAAUUCCUCAUGGCUCGCUUUCUGCUGCUCGUCGUCGGGGUUCUGAUCGCCUUCUCCACCGGCGCGCGAUCCGGAUCGGAGUUCCUCACCGAGGAUAAUCCGAUCAGGCAAGUCGUCGACGGUCUUCACGAACUCGAGUCGUCUAUUCUUAAAGCAGUCGGCAACUCGCGCCGCGCCGUUUCCUUCGCGCGCUUUGCUCAUAGGUACGGGAAGAUGUACGAGAGUUCGGAGGAGAUACAGAGGAGGUUCCAGGUUUUCUCAGAUACUUUGAGGACGAUCCGAUCGCAUAAUAAAAAAGGACUCUCCUACUCUAUGGGCGUCAACGAGUUUUCUGAUCUGACAUGGGAUGAGUUCAAAAAGCAUAGACUGGGAGCUGCUCAAAAUUGCUCUGCUACAACAAGGGGCAACCAUAAGCUCACUGAUGCUGCCCUUCCUCUUUUGAAAGACUGGAGGGAAAGUGGCAUUGUUAGCCCAGUGAAAAAUCAAGGUGGUUGUGGAUCUUGCUGGACAUUCAGUUCAACAGGAGCACUAGAGGCAGCUUAUGCACAAGCAUUUGGAAAGGGUAUUUCUCUGUCUGAGCAGCAGCUCGUUGAUUGUGCUGGAGCUUUCAACAACUUUGGCUGCAAUGGUGGCUUGCCCUCUCAAGCCUUCGAAUACAUCAAAUACAACGGUGGCCUUGAGACUGAGGCUGCAUAUCCAUACACUGGUAAGGAUGGAGUAUGCAAGUAUUCCUCUGAAAAUGUUGCCGUCAAAGUACGUGACUCUGUCAAUAUCACCCUGGGUGCUGAAGAUGAACUUAAGCACGCGGUUGGAAUUGUUCGGCCAGUAAGUGUGGCGUUUGAGGUGGUUGAUGGGUUCCGAUCAUACAACGGUGGAGUUUACACUAGCACCACUUGCGGCAGCGAUCCAAUGGAUGUUAACCACGCUGUUCUUGCUGUUGGUUACGGAGUUGAAAAUGGCGUACCGUAUUGGCUCAUCAAGAAUUCAUGGGGAGCUGACUGGGGGGACAAUGGCUACUUCAAGAUGGAGAUGGGCAAAAACAUGUGUGGUGUUGCAACCUGUGCAUCAUACCCUGUAGUUGAGUGAGCAAACUCCUUCAACGAUUUAAACUAAACCUCCAGUUUCAGAUGCAGUACUUGUCCUUGAUUACCUACAAUAGUUAGUUAUGUUUCGCAAAAAUGGAUAUUACUAAAUAAGAUAAGAUUUAGGUCCAAAAGGUGAGCAAUCCAUGAGAAUUUCAUGUAUACCUAAAGACCCUCUGUGUAUAUAAUCUUAAAUUAUGUGUUAUGUACCAUAUCCUACUUUCUUGCAA